GAAUGAUUAAGAGUGCAUUAUCCCGUGAUUAUAUUUAUCAUCCAAGGAGAAAGCCUAGUUUGAGGUAGAGCUUUUAUUUGAACAGAAUGCCGCUAACCAAGAUCCCGUGUAGGUUCUGGCAAACUCAAUACGUCAUCGGAGUCUGAAUCGGGACAAAAUUCGGCUCUUCGGCCUGAGUUCCUAUGAUGUAAACUGCCUCCCUAGUAGAUAUAUGUGCAAUCGGAAUCACGCUACUCACGAUUGCUCUUUACAUAAUUCAUAGUUCAGACAUGCAUUUGCCAACGAAUUCCUUUAUUGAUUUUGGAAAAGGUGAUAAUGUCUAAUGGUACUAAAGACGAAGACGACCUUGAACGCUUUCGUGGCCGAUCAUCCAAUGUACCAGUUCCAGAUGCUGAGUCUCCCACCAGCUGGGGAUCGUCAAGUUGCGAAUGUCCCAAGACAGAAAAUCAUCACGACGGCCACCGGCCAUGUACCCUUGACCAGCGCCCAUCUCAGAUCCGCGCAACAGGCCGCGAUGAUCUAAACGGGCUCGCGCUCUCAAAGUCCCUCUCGAGGACAAUAUCCCGUCGGGAUAACGUCCUAUCACGUGUGCGCUCCAGGCCAGCAAUCCCACCAUUCAGCCACCCUCUCGCGAAAGUGAAAACCGGCUCAGACUGUCUCGUCGACUUCGACGGGCUGGACGAUCCCUACCGCCCCGUGAACUGGCCAUGGAACAAAAAAGUAUCGACAACGCUCCUCUACGGUCUAGUCACCAUGACCGCCACCUGGGCUUCCUCAUCCUACUCCGCGGGCACGGCGCAGAUCGCCGAGCAGUUCCACGUCGGCAAGCAAGUCGCCACGCUAGGCACCACCCUCUUCCUCCUCGGCUUUGGUAUAGGACCGCUGCUCUGGGCGCCGCUGUCGGAGGUUUAUGGAAGACGUGUGGCGGUGCUUACGCCUAUGUUUAUCUCGAUAUGUUUUUCGUUCGGGGCGGCGACUGCGAAGGACUUUCAGACGCUCAUGCUGAUGCGGUUCUGGGGCGCUAUUUUCGCUUCGGCGCCCGUCACGAAUACUGGUGGGGUUCUUGGAGAUCUGUUCACGCCGGCUUAUAGGGGUAUCGCGAUGGCUGGGUAUGCGAUGGCUGUUGUGGGCGGGCCUACACUAGGACCCAUCGUAUCAGCCGCCGUGGUAGUACAACCCAGUCUUGGUUGGCGCUGGACUGAAUAUACGACUGGGAUGCUACAAUCUGUUGUGCUAAUAUUCGCUGUCAUAUUCAUCGACGAGACGUAUCCGCCAAGACUUCUCAUCAAUAAGGCGCGCCGGCUGAGGUUCGAGACGGGUAACUGGGCACUACACGCAAAGUUCGAGGAGUGGGAUGUUAGCAUCAUGGAGCUUGCGAGGAAGUUUCUCGUCCGUCCCAUUCAGUUGCUCUGUACACCCAUCUGCUUCCUCAUUGCUCUAUAUGCUAGCUUUUGCUAUGGAAUCCUCUACAUGCAACUCGGAGCAGUUCCCAUCAUAUUCGGAGAAAUCAGGGGUUGGUCGCUUUUACCAGCCGAACUACCCUUCUUAGCUCUCCUCCUCGGUUCACUCACUGGUGCCGGUAUCAACAUGUAUAACCAGCUCUAUUACAACAAAUCAUAUCACGCAGUCGGCGACAAACCUGUUCCUGAAAAGAGGCUGCCCCCCAUGAUGUUAGGAUCGGUCCUUUUCGCAUCCGGCCAGUUCCUCACCGGCUGGACGGCGGACCCGGCCGUUGCACAUUGGAUCGUCCCCAUCAUCGGACUAUACCUCUCCGGAUGCGGCUUCAACACGAUCUUCCAAGCCGCGCUCAACUACCUCGUCGACACAUUUCAAAUGUACGCAGCGAGCGCCGUAGCCGCCAACACAUUCAUGCGGAGCUGCUUCGCGGCCGCUUUCCCACUUGUCGUCACUCCCCUUUAUCACAACAUCGGAGUCGGGCCCGGGUCCAGCAUAUUCGCCGGGUUCGCAUGCUUGCUUAUACCGGUUCCUUUUGUGUUCUACUUCUUCGGUAGGAGGAUAAGAGCUGCUAAUAAAUGGAGCAAGAACAGCGUGUUUUGAAAAGUGCUUCAGAGUUGCAUGGCGUGGCGUUUGAGAAGGGACACUGUCAUGAAGAGCGUGGAAUAUUACUAACUUGUACAAUACAUCCAUAUUUACUUGCGUGACUGACUACUAGAUAAUUGGCAUAGUAUUUGCUAUACAUAAUAUCAUCG